AUGCUUUUGCUCGAUUCCCCCCCAGAAAUAUUCCAGGGAAUCGUGCACGCAUUGGUGUCGCAGGCUGGGGUGUCUGAGGCGUGGAAGCUGCGUGGUGUUUGCCGCACCUUCGCGGCUGAGAUCAAGCACGACAUCUUCGCCAAUCAACCCAAGGACGCCUUCCGAGACAGCCGUAGCCGUCGCGUGCUCGCAGAAGAACUCCCGCUAUAUCUAUCCAACCGAACUAAGAAGCUUCUAGACGCGGAGAACGCAUUGCCAGAGAAGGUCAAAGGCAUGGUGGGUAAUCUGACCAACAUCCUCGACGUUGGUGACCAGGCCGAUUCUCAGAAACAGCACUACACAGAAACGCUGUGCAAAGCUGUCCUGCGCGAGUGGGGAUUCUCAGCGGUCUUCGCCAUAAUUGGGAUGGACGGGGACAAUGACCGGUCUCUCAGCCUUGGAAUUUCUCUGCAGCGAGACUUGGAUUUUGAGGAAGAUAUUGCCGCAUUCGCGGCAAUUGGAGAGCAUGACAUUGUUCGAAGACUCCUUCCACGGUUCACACAGACUUCGGAAUCGCCUACCUUCGGAAAUCCUCUUGCCAAUGCAGCACUUAUGGGCCAUGGCAACGUUAUUACUGUCAUCUCCGACUAUCUUCAGCGUGCCAAGAAGGAGACUACUUCGAACUACGCGUUCCUCCUCGACAGAUUCUGGGAUGGUAAAUUGGCAUAUAUCAUUAACACUACCAUAAAGUCUGGACGCACUGAUAUCCUCGAUCAACUCUUGGCCAUGUACAAAACUCAUCACGGUCACCCGGACAAGAGCUUCUACAACCGAUGGCUGCGGACAGCGGUGGAUUCAGGAAACGCUCAAUUCGUCGACCGCAUCUUGAGGAUCACGAUACGAAGCAAACCAAAAGUCCUAGUCAAGACAUUCGAGGCCGCGUGUGAGCUGAAGAAUGCGGAUGUGGUUGCCAUGCUAUUGGGAACGAGUCGUAUGCAUCCGGACCAGGCAUUCCUACUCUUUUCUCCCUUGGCCGCUGCGAUAAGGUUGGGGGAUGAAAGCGUGGUCACGACAGUUCUGGAUGCGGGAGCUAACGUCAACGGUGUUUCAUUCGAAGGAAAACAUUAUCCAGCCCUUCAAGUGGCUGUUGACCUAAACGAGGCCUCCAUCGUCAAGAUCAUGCUCGACCGUGGAGCCAUCCUGGACGGAAUCCAAGUACCGGAGAACAUGGUAGCUAUCCGCAAGCUCUUUGCGGAUGCUCAGCGCGAGCGCGAGCUUGAACUGGAUUACUGGAUUAGCUAUUGGGUUAUGACCGUCCAAUAA